AUGCUUGUCUCCCGUCAAAGUAAGCCGCUGUGCAACUUUCUGUGGUUUGCAAUAUUCCUGUGUGGCCAGGACCAAGCUAAAACAGCCAAUCACCACUCUCCACCUUUUUCCUCCGGUCGACCGUCUAUCCAGUCGCUGGGUACCGUCAUCACCGGUAAAUGGUCGAUUCACCUGAAUCGAAAAGCCUCCGUCGACGAAGAGUUGUUCGGUUGCCGGCGGAAGGACCCAGCGUCGGCAUUCUCCAGCCUCCGGACGCCGGAGUCUCACUUCUUUCCCAACCUGGUACAGAAACUACCUAACUACGUAACAGAAUGUCAACGGAGUUCCGGAACAACGAACAGAAAGGCUCUACAGGACUACUGCGUGCGCGAGAGGCUCGCCACAGUGGCUCAAAUCGUUGUCGCGGUUGGAGAACGUGCGCGCACUGGCGCCGCCGCGGCUGCUGCUGUUGGUGGUGGCGCUGGCGCUGCUCUGCCGCCUGGUCGAGUUUUGGGGGCGGAGCCACGCGCUGCGAUUGCAGUCACCGGAGAAGCUUUUAGCGAAGGACGACAACGUUGUCGGUGA